CUAUUGUUUUUUUUAACAUAGCCAUCCAGCUGCUGCUAGUUCCACGAAAGAUUAUUUAUCAUAGUUGCCGCUAUAUAGGCAACCAUUCGUUUGUAGAGCACAGAGGAAUUACAUAAUUUACACAAGCAAAGCUUUGUUAGUUGAAUUUCGAGUGCUAGCUAGAGUUAGGCAACGUAUAACAGCAAGGAGGCAUUAGCAGUGGUUACUUCCUACCACGUCGGAAACCGGUUUCUCUUUAUUUAAACUGUUUUAUCACCAAAUAGUGAAAUUCAUGAUUUCUACAAAGUAGCUUCCUGACUUGUCUUUGAAUAUGGACAAGUUUGUAGUGCGGCUUCCUAAGGGAGACACACCUAAAAAAUCGAAGACAGACGAAAAGGUUUAUAGACAGACUACAAUCGAAUCUCUACGGAGAGUGGUUGUUAUUGAGGACAUCAUGCGCUACAAGUCAAUGCUGGAGCUGCCUGAACAGAAUAAAGACAAUCUGCUGACUGCCCUGAAAGAGCUGAGUAAGAAGGUCCCAUCAAAGGAGGUGCUCAAGUCCACGAAAAUAGGUCACACUGUCAACAAAAUGCGAAAGCAUCUGGAUCCUGAAGUAAGUUCAGUGGCGGCAAAGGUUUACACGGACUGGAGGACAUUCAUCGAGGAGAAUUCCAAUAAGCCUUCUAUUGAAGUGCGCUCGGACAAACAGUCUGAAGGACUCAGGAGCAACGCUAGAAGGCUCAUGUCUGAAGCACUGGAGGUCAAGGAAGAUUCUGGUCUCAUAGACAACAUUGAGAGGGAAGUGUUUCACCAGAGCUCCCGGCUGGUCAGCACUUCAUACAGACGGACUGUUAGAGCGCUUGUGUUUGCAUUCAAACACAACCCUGAGGUCAGAACUCAGGUGAAGAAUAGCACAAUACCUGUUAACGAGUUGGUCUCUAAAUACAAAAAAUAACUGAAUAAUAAAGUAGACAGAGCCAACUGUGUAUGGGAAAAACUGCAUGCAAUUUGAGAAGGGUUUUAUGCACGCACAUUUUAUUUUAUAUUAUUUUCUUGAUUUUCUGCAAAGGAGAUAAAAAAUCUUUAGUGGCACAUCAGAAGCCUUACAUUGUUUGUAACUGCACAUAAAUCAUUGUGAAGAAUACUGGUGGUGAUGAUAAUCAUGCUAUUUUUUUGUAAUGUAACAAUGUAAGCAUUUUUUUGUCAACAGGUGCACUGUUUUUUUUAUCAUGUAAAUGAAAAAUUUUUAUACAAAACAUGAG